AUGAUCAUUAUUGUUGGUUUGUGUGUGUUUGCGCAGAAUAAAGGUGACUCUCCAUCUCAGGUCAGCCUGCAGACACAGAGCGUGUUUGAUGAAGACCUGCAGAAGAAGAUCCAGGAGAACGAGCGGCUUCACAUCCAGUUUUAUGAAGCGGAUGAGCAGUACCGUCGUCAGGAGGCUCAGCUGAGAGCGCGGCUAGAUCAGCUGGAGAAAGAGUCUGAGCAGCAUCAGGCCGUCGUCAACGCUCUCAACCGCAAAUACACAGACGCCAUCGAGAAACUGCAGAACGACAAAGCCCUUCUGGAGGUAAAGGCUCAGACGCUGGAAAGAGAAGCCAAGGACUGUCGAAUCAGAACUGAAGAGUGUAUUGUGUUUCCUGCAGAGCUGAGUGACUACAACAGUCUGAACGUUCCUCUGCACAACAGAAGGCAUCAGCUGAAGGCUCGUGACGUGGCGGCUCAGGCUCUAGGGUUUGUGCAGAGUCUGGUCUCGGCUCUGCUGAACUUUCACUCCUACACGGAGCAGAGAGUCCACAUCUAUCCGCUGGACUCAUCCAUCGAGGCCAUCUCGCCUGUCAACCUGAAGUUCUCUCAGUAUCUGCACGAGAACGCCUCGUACCUGCGUCCGCUGGAGGAGGAUCUGCUGCAGUUGCAUCAUAGCAUCACAGAGGACAGCAUCACCGCUCUGGAAACACUGGCCAAGCUGCAGGACUUCUCCAGAUCCUUCUCCUCCUACAGCAGCUUCCUGCAGAAGAUCCUGCCCUACCAGCUCCAGAGUCUAGAGGAGGACUGCGAGGCGUUUCUCUGCACGGCAGCGCUGGCGUCCAAGAACCGGCAGUUACAGAAGGACAUGAAGAAGCUGACCGCCGUCUUCCAGAAGCUGAAGUCUUACGUGGCUCUGCUAGCCCUGCCCAGUGUGUGUUCAGAUGCCAUGUGUCAGAGCAGUGCUAACGCAGUCUUCACUCAGAUGAGCGUGUGUUUACACGGCCUUCACGACGCUGCCACAGAGCUGUCGCAGCACUACAGUCAGAAGGCGUCUCUGGAGCAGGAUCUGCCCACCGUCACGCAGAAGUUUCGCACCACUAACGAGUGUUUGCUGUCCUCGCUGGCAUCGCUCACCAACAGCUGUGGAAAGAUGGCCACUUUCUUCAGCAACAACCUGGAUUUCUUGGCAUCGUGUCCCGGCUACAGUCCGCGAGGAUGCUUCCUAAACCCGCGACAGGCCGACAGCGUGAUGGAGAACAAGAGACAUGCUGCCACCUACAUGAGCACCAUCAGAAAGGUGCGGUCAGAGUCUGUUUCGUACAGAGAAGCGUUAGCAAACAGACAAGUUCUGACGAGCUCUACGGAGAGCAGAGAGGGACUCAUGCAGCAGGUGGCUCAGAGUCAGGAGAAGAUCUCUCGUCUGGAGCAGGAGAAGGAGCACUGGCUGCUGGAGGCUCAGCUGGGGCAGGUGCGUCUGCAGAAGGAGACUCAGCGCAUCGCUCAGCUGGAGGCUCAGAUCACCGACGGAGGUCCAGCAGAGACACACAGCGCCGCAGACGGCCCUGAUCCCGAGUGUGCUGACGCUCCAGAGCCCCUUCAGGACAGCAGCGUGAUCGGGAUGCUGACCAUCACUCCCUGCAGCGAGAGCGCUGCAGAUCAGGAGUCUCGUGAACAUCUGAUCAAGCAUCAUUACAUGAGCCGUGUGUCAGAGCUCACCUCUCAGCUGCAGAUGUGUGACAGUAAAGCCGUCCAGUUCCACGCUGAGUGUCGAGCUGUGGCUAAACGCCUGGCGAUGGCAGAGAAGUCCCGCGAGACGCUGACGGAGGAGCUGAAGCUGGCUCAUCAGAACACCACGCGCUUACAGGACGAGCUCAGCACCACCAAGAGGAGCUAUGAAGACCAGCUGAGCAUGAUGAGCGAUCACCUGUGCAGCAUGAACGACACGCUCAGCAAGCAGCGCGACCAGAUCGACUCGCUCAAGCUCGCCUCCAAGGGAAACUCCAAGAAGAACAAGAGCCGAUAAUGUGGACGUCUGUCUCAGUGACGGCGAACAUUCCCACACCAGACAUGUGACAGGAAGCAGCUGAUCUUCAGAGGAACUGUGUGUGUGAGAGUGACAGUGAGAGUGACAGUGCGAGUGAGUGUGAGUGUGAGUGUGUGUGUG